GUGGUGAUAUUGUAGAGGGCUGCCUCAGAUUGGCAAAGAGCAUUAAGAUUGAUGAGAGCCAGGGAGCCAUAGCUGCUGUUUCAGCUUACCCUUCCUACCCUUCUGUAAAAGGGAAAGGAAAGGGGAAAGGCAAAGGAAAGGGCUUCAGAGGAAAGGGCCGGACCUGGAAGGGCAAAGGUCGAUUUGGUUUCCGGAAUAGAACCAUUUAUAAGAGCGAUAACUCUUUAUCACCAGUGAGAUGUUACUGUUGUAAUGGUCGUGGCCAUGUAGCUAAGGAUUGCCCCAGUCAGCCCAGUAGUAGCGACAGUAAUAAUAAUAUUAACCGAGAGCAGUGAUAGCAUCAGGUAUGGGAUGAUCAAUACUGGAUGCACAGUACACCCUGUGAGCCAAAAGCUGAUGCUCGGUAGUGUCGCCGGGAAGUGUGAAGCGUAUAAACUCAAUAAUGGUCCAGC